AUGGAGUUGGGAAUAAUAUACGAAGCUAUGAACGAAGCAGCUCAAAAGCGGUUAGGUCCAGUAAAGAAGGCGAGGUAUAAAGAAUGGUUUGAUGCCGAUUGCAAGAAAAGCAUUAAACAAAUAAAACGAGCUAUUUUUCUAAAUGACGAUGACCAAUACGAGACUUCGACAAUUGCAGUUAUUAGCGUCAUACGACGAGUCAACCUGUUUCACAGAGUGGAAUCAUUUUUGCACCCCCACAUUUUUAAAGUUCGAAAAUAUGAAGUUUUAAAGACAGGCCAAAUAGUAUGCCAGCUGGUAGAGAAAGGCAUUGCCGCCAUUUUUGGUCCCGAAUCGCCAGAAAUUAACGACAUGAUUCAAUCAGUGUCCUCCACUCUUCAGAUUCCACAAUUCCAGACGUUCUGGAAUCCGAAGUUGGCAACGCUCGCCUACCGCCAACCGGUCUCAGACAGACCCAAUCAAGUUUUCAACUUACACCCGAGUCCUAAAGCUCUCUCCAAAGCUUUGGCCACUUUGGUGCGCGAAAACGACUGGAAGAGUUACACCAUUCUUUAUGAAAAUGAUAAUGGACUUUUGAGGCUGCAGGAGACGCUGAAACAGCUAAAUCCCAGCGACCCCGCGGUGGCUUUUAAGGCACUGGGGCCAAAGGAAAAUCUCAGAUCAGUGUUGAAAGAAGUUAAGAGCUCUGGAGUUUCACACUUCAUUCUAGACUGCGAGGCGGACCGAAUAAUGGACAUUUUAAGACUGGCUCAAGAACUUAAAUUGUUGUCAGAAUUUCAUAGCUACAUACUGACUAACUUGGAUUCACAUACAUUGAAUUGGUCGGAACUGGGUAAUAUAAGAUCAAACAUAACAUCCAUGAGACUUCUUGACCCUGAGAGUAGCAGCAUGAAAAACGCCGCAUUGGUUUGGAAUCAGACCAUGAAAUAUGACGUGUUAGAUACUAUCAGAAAUCCAGCCAUUCAAAAAGAGUUGGAGUAUCUACGAAGUCGCAGUUUACUACAUAGUAUUAAAACGUCUGAGAUACAUACAAAAACACCCUUAUUAUAUGACGCCUUAAAUCUCUUUAUCUCAGUGUACGCCGACUUAGAGGUGAAAAAUAAACUAACAGUAAAUCCUCUUAACUGUAAUGAGGAUAGCGUAUCGUCACACGGGCAGCUAUUCUUUGAUGCUAUUAAAGAGGAAAAAAAGAAUCUUCGAUUGUUACUGGAACCACUGACUGGAGAAAUUACAAAUUUUGAUUCGAUGGGAUAUCGACGAAAUUUUAAAUUGCAAAUUAUUGAGCUUGAUUCCAAGAAAUUUAGAGUUACCGGAACCUGGGACUCAAAACUACCCGAUAAAAUUAAUUUGGCGCUAUCGACAAAAGAAAGGGAUGAAGAACUUUUGAAAAAAAUACAAAAAAGAAAUUUCCGAGUUGUGUCACGCUUGGGAGAUCCCUACCUAAUGGAAGCAGUAGACCCCAAUGGUAAAGCUCUUUACGGUAACGACAGAUACGAGGGAUAUGCCAUGGAUCUCAUGAAGGAAAUUUGCAAACCAGAAAAUCUUAACUGUAGUUUCACCUUUGAACUAGUUCCUGAUGGUAAAUAUGGGAACUAUGACGCCAAAACUAAGCAAUGGAAUGGUCUUAUUAAAGAACUAUUAGAAUACCGAGCUGAACUAGGAAUAUGCGAUUUAACUAUAACCUACGAAAGGAGAAAAGCUGUCGAUUUUACAAGUCCGUUUAUGACACUAGAUUUCAUUGUAGGUAUUGAAAAGGAAUUCGCACAAGAUUUAAAAACUUUGUAG